UAGAACGCGAUACAACAAUACAAUGGAAACAGGCCGAGUCGCAACUUGUAGGGCGGCUAUCCACGAUUAUCCACGACUAUCACGACUGUAAUACUUGAAAUAGCCUUGCGAUUGAACAUUGCGCUUGGUCAGCCAUUUUCAUUUAGACCCUGUCCAACUCUUUGGGCAUCUUUGGUCUACUCACGUUGUUUAUUAUCCCCGCCCAAUCGCAAGCCGAACUCCAGUUGCGGUACACAUUGUUUCUCAACCCCGAUCAUCGAGAGAAAGUUCAGAGAAAGUCGCAUACAAUACAGAGAUAAGCAAUACAAGUAAAAGCACAAGUAACAAUACAUCUGCUACAAUCAUGCCAGCCAGGGUAUCCUCGCGCUCUACGCGGGGGUCGGGUCCCGCCAGCAAACGAGCCUCGACAACAUCGCGCGCCUCGUCAUCCAAUGUCGACAUCCCGGAAGAGGCUCCCGACAACAGUCUACGGCAUCAAGUAUGCGCCGUAUUCCGCGACGCCCAGAAGACCACCGCCACACACCGCAAGUUGGCAGUAACGCUGCGCAAGAUUCACGAGGCAUGCUGCUACGAGCCUACGCGCCCGAACAAACAUGCCGACGCCGCCGACGACUUCGACGAGUCCGACUUCAACGCCGAGUUCACGCGCUGUGUCUUCCGCAUCAUGCCUGUCAAGAAGAGCGAGGGCGUCGGCGACCGCACCAUUCGCUUCAUCGGACUCUUCCUGCGACACGCCAAUGACAAGGACAACGAGCUGCUAGGCGAGACCGAUGCCGAUGCGAGCACCAUGCCCGAAACGCCCAGCAGUCGUCUCACUACCGAAGUCAUGGAGGCCGUCCUCCCCCUGCUAGCUUCCAAGGACAAGUUUGUUCGCUACAGGUCGACACAGCUGAUUUCUCACAUCAUUAACUCUCUCGACGCCAUCGACGACGACUUGUUUCAGAAGCUGCGUCAGGGCCUCUUGAAGAGGAUCCGCGACAAAGAAGCUGUCGUGCGCUCCCAGGCUGUACUGGGCCUUGGCAGAUUAGCCGGCAACCAGAUAGAAGGAAUGACAAAUCCAGAGGAAAGCGAAGACGAUGCCGAGACAGGCUUGCUCGAGAAACUCCUCGAGGUCUUACAGAAUGACCCUAGUGCCGAGGUCCGGCGCUCUCUCCUUGUCAAUCUCCCCAUUCUCCCCGCCACUCUUCCCUACCUUCUCGAGAGAGCAAGAGACCAGGAUGCCGCAACGCGCCGCGCCGUCUACGCCCGUCUGCUCCCUGCGCUUGGUGAUUUCCGUCACCUGUCGCUUUCCAUGAGAGAGAAGCUUCUACGAUGGGGGUUAAGAGACAGAGAUGAAAAUGUUCGCAAGGCUGCUGGGAGAUUAUUCCGCGAGCGUUGGAUCGAGGAUUGCGCUGGUGUCACCCAGCCCGAGGACGGCGAGGCUCCGCCUGAACCAGCAGCCCCAACCCUGGACGGUCUACUCGAGCUUCUGGAACGCAUCGACGUAGUCAACUCGGGCGUCGAGAAUGGCGUGGCCCUGGAGGCCAUGAAGGGGUUCUGGGAAGGUCGUCCAGACUACCGGGACGCUAUGGAUUUCAAUGACAAGUUCUGGGAGACGUUGAGUGCUGAGUCUGUUUUCGUUGCCCGAAGCUUCAACGAUUUCUGCCGAACCGAAGGGAACGGGAAAUACGAGGCUCUUGUUGAGGAAAAACUACCCGAAGUGACUAAAAUAGCUUACUUCCUGGAGCGGUAUCUCAACGUUAUGAUCGAAGCCAUCCAGAGGGUCAACAAGCAAGACAACGUGGAAGAGGAUGAAGAAGAAGAUACGGUCGAACAAGAAUUCAUCGUCGAGCAGCUACUCCACAUUGUCUUGACCUUGGACUACUCGGAUGAAGUAGGCAGGCGGAAGAUGUUCGCGCUUCUGCGACAAGCUUUGUCCAUCCCGGAAUUACCGGAUGAAGUCACUAAGCUUACCGUUGAAGUAUUGCGAGACAUAUGUGCCCCAGAUACCGCCGGAGAAAAGGAAUUCUGCAGCGUGGUUCUCGAGGCCGUUGCCGAUGUCCACGAUGCGAUCGUUGACGAUGGCGCCAACGGCGACGACGACGAGAGCUUCCACUCGGCUCGUUCAGAAGUUAGCGGUGACAGCACUCCCACUAGAAAGGGGAAGAACACCAAAGACGCAGAGAUGAGUGAGGAAGAAGCUCGUGACAAGGCCAUCAAGGAAAUCAUGAUCAACAUGAAAUGCCUGCAUAUCGUACAGUGCAUGUUAUCGAAUGUAGAGGGAAAUCUACAGCAGAAUGAUCAUCUAGUCUCUAUGCUUAACAACCUCGUCGUACCCGCUGUACGCAGCCAUGAGGCACCUGUUCGAGAACGCGGACUUGUUUGUCUUGGUCUAUGCGCUCUGCUAGACAGACCUCUCGCUGAAGAAAAUCUCACGCUGUUCAUGCAUUUCUUCAGUAAAGGGCAUGCAGCCCUUCAGAUCACCGCUCUGCAGAUUCUAACUGACAUUCUAAAUGUACAUGGUGCACAACUAUUGUCUUCGAACCCGACACUCCUCAAAGUCUACGUCAAGGCUCUGAGGUCGGGAUCCCGAAACCCUGAAGUCCAAGGUGCUGCCACCGUGGCCGUAUCCAAGCUCCUUCUAGGCCGCGUGGUUACUGACGCGGAGACGUCGAGCGAGUUACUCAAGACCCUCAUCGUCGCGUACUUUGAUCCCUCGACGGCUGGGAACCAGAGCGUUCGACAGGCGCUGAAUUAUUUCCUUCCUGUGUUCUGUUACUCGCGUGCCGAAAAUCAGGAUCUCAUGCGCUCUGUCGCUCUCGAUACUCUGCAUGCUUUGUACAAUAUCCGAGAAGGUAUUGAUGAUGACGAGAUGGAUGUCGAUGACGAAAUGGCCAGCCUGAAUACCAUUGGCGCGUGUCUCGUUGAUUGGACGGAUCCCAGGAAGUGCUACAUGCCUGGUGUUCCGAUGGAUGCGGACCGAAAGAAUGUCAAUGGGGAUGUACAUCUUGAUUUUGCGGCUGAUAUUUUGGAGAAAUUGAAUGGGAAUGCGAGUAAAGAAGAGAAAAAGGUCAUUGCACCUCUCUUCGGCAAAUUAUAUAUAUCCCCGUCCUCCUCAGAGGAUAAACUUCGCAGUCUAUACGAAGACGUAUCAGCGGCCGUUGAAGAGAACCUUCUCAGUGAUGCCACGGGCCGCAACGCGCUGUACAAGAUCCACGUCAGUCUAGGCAAGAUUGUCAAUUCCCUGAAUGACGGAGCGGAUAAAUUGUCGAGACGAAGCCGGAGUGUCUCGGUUGUUACUGGGACGAGCGCGGAUCGGUCGGUGGCGGGCACUGAUGAUGGCGGUGAGGAUACUGUAGUUCUUGCGCGCAGAGAUGGGGAUUCUACUGUGCUGAAGGAUGUCGUUGAGGAAGACGAGGGUGAGGAGGAGGAUGAUACGGUGAAGUUGGAGCCGGAUACGAGUGGGAAUACGGUUGUGAAAGGGAGUAGAGAUGGUGAUGGUGAUGGCGAAGAUGACCUUGUUGAGGAGCUUUUGAGUGAUGACGAGGAUGCGUGAGGGAUGGAAUCGUGGUUUGGUGAGGAACUGUCCUGUCUUGGCCAUGAUAAAUGAGAGAUGAUGCAUGAACUGGUUUUGCCAUGAAGGCUUGUUUGCUGUUUUGGUGUCGUGCUUUCUUUUCACUCUUGCUAGCUACUGUAGUAUAAGCGUCAUUGUCGAACAAAUGGAUGUUUAGAGUCAGUCAAUAUACCCACGCCUCAUAGGACUUGUUGGCCUUACUCA